GACGAUUCUCACUACGAAUGGCUCAAAGACGAAGAGAGAGCCCGGGUUAUCGCAGAUGUCUGGAGGCUGUACAAUGACGGUGUGCCCUUGUUCACCGCAGCCCAGUUGAGGCACCUUGAUCAACAGAUAGCCCGCCGGUUGAAAACAGUGACAGUCACGGGAAUCGAUGGUGUUGAGUACGCCCAGAACGGAACUUUUUUGCCCAGAGCGGAUCCACCCUUCAUUAGCUUUUCAUCGAUCGAAGCGCUCGUCAGCAGACCUCCAGAAUGGCCAUACUCGCGAAGCGUCGCUUAUUGCCCUCUUCACAUCAGCCACCGCAGGUCCGACGAUCAGGAACUGAACAGUGUUGAAGAGACAAGCGAAGCGUUCAUAAAGUACAAGCAGGAAUGGGAGAGUAGCGAGCCCUGCCGUAUUCUCAAACACACCCUUGCUUCUGGGCCACUCCCAAAAAGCAUCACCAAGAUCGUUUGUUUUGGCCUCGGACCCUUGACACCACUGAACGACCGGUCUCAGCGAGUCCACACCCAGCAUGCUGCGGCCUUGACGAUGGCCCACGCCAUCAAAGAAAGAACAGGGUGUACGGUGCAAAUCUAUUCGCAAGAACCUGCUUACACGCGUAUAUGCGAGCAGGUUCUUGGCCCUCACGACAUCACCAUUCUUACAGGGGUGCAAGGCUUCCUGGAGGUCGACAACUCUACUGUGGUUUUCUCGGUCGCGCCAAACGUCCCUGUCAAGCAAAUUGUUGUCGAUUUGGCGAGGCCCGCUAUCAUGGUCUGGGACAACGUCGAGUCUGUGGAAGAAGAGAGAAGAGUCUGGACGAAAAGACCAUCCAGACCAGGAUUCGGGGAGUCAUGGUUGAGUCCCUAUGGUACCAAUCCCGAUUCGCCGCGUGUUCGCAGCAUGGUUCAGAACGAGUAUGUUCUGUUUCCUUUCGCUCAGGAGGAU